UGUUUCUUAGCUAGAGAUACGUGUCACCCUCUACGUUGCUGGAAAAGUUUCGCAUAAAUUAUGCCGAUGAGGUGUGGGGCCGAGCUACGCAUAGAUUAGGCAAAUGAGCAGGGGAGGGACGGGAGGCCGGGUACGAAUUAGCCUAAGUUAUUAAAGAUGGCGGCGGAGCGGAGUCGCUCCCCGAUGGACUCGCCGGUCCCGGCCUCAAUGUUCGCCCCAGAGCCCAGCUCUCCGGGGGCGGCCAGGGCUGCGGCGGCUGCCGCCCGGCUCCACGACGGCUUCGACUCGGACUGCAGCGAGGACGGCGAGGCGCUCAACGGCGAGCCGGAGCUGGACCUCACCAGCAAGCUGGUUCUAGUGAGCCCUACAUCAGAGCAGUAUGACAGCCUACUUCGGCAGAUGUGGGAGAGGAUGGACGAGGGAUGCGGAGAGACCAUAUAUGUCAUUGGGCAGGGAUCAGAUGGGACUGAGUACGGGCUGAGUGAAGCUGACAUGGAGGCCUCCUACGCCACAGUGAAAAGCAUGGCAGAACAGAUAGAGGCUGAUGUCAUCCUCCUGCGGGAGCGUCAGGAAGCUGGGGGCCGUGUGCGUGACUACCUGGUCCGGAAGCGAGUAGGAGAUGAUGACUUCCUGGAGGUCAGGGUAGCAGUUGUGGGCAACGUGGAUGCUGGCAAAAGCACACUUCUGGGCGUUCUGACACACGGGGAGCUGGACAAUGGCCGAGGCUUUGCCCGCCAAAAACUCUUCCGCCACAAGCAUGAGAUUGAAUCUGGUCGCACCAGCAGCGUGGGCAACGACAUUCUGGGUUUUGACAGCGAAGGCAAUGUGGUGAACAAACCAGACAGCCACGGGGGCAGCCUGGAGUGGACAAAGAUUUGUGAGAAAUCCACUAAAGUGAUUACUUUCAUAGACUUGGCUGGCCAUGAGAAAUACCUGAAGACCACUGUUUUCGGCAUGACGGGCCACCUGCCUGACUUCUGCAUGCUCAUGGUGGGCAGCAAUGCUGGCAUCGUGGGGAUGACCAAGGAGCACCUGGGCUUGGCAUUGGCACUGAAUGUUCCUGUUUUUGUGGUGGUCACCAAGAUUGACAUGUGUCCUGCUAACAUCCUGCAAGAAACCCUGAAGCUGUUACAGCGCCUGCUGAAGUCGCCAGGCUGCCGCAAGAUCCCUGUGCUGGUGCAGAGCAAGGAUGAUGUGAUCGUCACAGCCUCCAACUUCAGCUCUGAGAGGAUGUGCCCAAUAUUCCAGAUCUCCAACGUUACAGGCGAGAACCUAGAUCUGCUGAAGAUGUUCCUCAACCUCCUCUCCCCCCGCACCAGCUACCGGGAAGAAGAGCCUGCUGAGUUUCAGAUUGAUGACACUUACUCUGUACCAGGUGUGGGGACAGUGGUGUCAGGGACGACACUCAGGGGCCUGAUUAAGCUGAAUGACACACUGCUGCUGGGCCCAGAUCCCCUGGGUAACUUCCUCUCCAUUGCUGUAAAAUCGAUCCAUCGCAAGCGCAUGCCUGUCAAGGAGGUGCGGGGGGGCCAGACAGCCUCCUUUGCACUGAAGAAGAUUAAGCGCUCAUCUAUCCGGAAGGGCAUGGUGAUGGUUUCCCCGCGCUUGAAUCCCCAAGCAUCCUGGGAGUUUGAAGCGGAGAUCCUCGUUCUGCACCACCCUACCACGAUCAGCCCACGCUACCAGGCCAUGGUGCACUGUGGGAGCAUCAGGCAGACGGCCACCAUUCUGAGCAUGGACAAGGACUGUCUACGCACUGGGGACAAGGCCACUGUGCACUUCCGCUUUAUCAAGACCCCUGAGUACCUGCACAUAGACCAGCGGCUGGUGUUCCGGGAAGGCCGCACCAAGGCUGUGGGCACCAUCACCAAGCUUCUCCAGACCACCAACAACUCCCCGAUGAACUCCAAGCCUCAACAGAUUAAAAUGCAGUCAACGAAAAAAGGCCCUCUAACCAAACGAGAAGACGGGGGCCCACUUGGAGCGCUGGCGGUAGGGGUUCCUCCACCUGGAGAUGAAGCUGUCUCUCUAGGGGCUGCGCAGUCAGCUGCGUCCAGCAGUUUCCAGCCAACGCUCAAGCCCAGCAGUGGGGGCCGGCGACGAGGGGGUCAGCGUCACAAGGUGAAGAACCAGGGAGGCUGUGUGAGUCCUGCCAGUGGCUGCUGAAUUUCCCCUUACUACCCAAGGGAUUCUCAUACUCUGGCCACGCCCAUCAGAUGGGCCAGAGCAGCCGUGGGCCCUCCCCAGGCCACAGCCGGAGCCUCAUCAUUCCCCCACCCCUGGUUUCCAGGGGCUUUGUAAUUUAUAAGCUGAGGAGGAGGCCAGACUCCGGGGCACUGACCAUCUCUUAGCCUCCUGCCCGCCUCCUUCCUCCUUCAGUUUCUGUACAUCUGGCCCUUAGGCUAUUGUUUUUAUUCUUGCUCUCGUGUGAGUGUGUGUGUCGGGUGGGGUGUGCAGGAGCGUGGCCACUCAGGGCCCUGGCAGUCUCUUCCCCCCUCCUCCUCCAUGGCUGGCCCCUGCCUCCAGGAGCUGGCCGCCUGUCCAUUCAUCUGUCCAUCUGUAUGUGUCUCUGUGAGAACCUUUAGGAGCUGUCAGGAGCUGCAGGGUGCCCUCCUUCCCAGUGCUGCUCUGUGCCCAGAGCCCCUCUGUGGAGCUGGCCCCAGGGCUGGGGGCUGCAGGUGUAAGUGCUGCUGCCGCUGGCUCACGAGCCCCCUUCUGGGACUCGGGCCUUUAGCAGGGUGGACAGUGCUGGUUCCUCUUUUCUCUCCCUCUUUUUCUCAAACCACCAAGCAGGUAAUGCCAAAAGCUCUUAAGUUGUAACCUGUAGAUGUGUGGAGGGGAUUGGAUUGUAGGGCCCUCCCUGCCCCAAACUCCAACCCUUGCCACUGACCCAAAGACAGCUGGUGGCUUUUUCCCCCCCCUUGGAGACAAUCCUGUUUGCCUGGCUGGUCAGGACCACUCCUCUGUGAGUCCGGAGGCUCUCGCCUCCCUGGAGCUGCCUCCUGCUUGAACUUUGAAUCUUAUUGGGUCUUGGGGCACUGACUGAUGACCUAGACCGGUGUAGACCUCCUUUUGGUGGAGUGCGGGGUGUUCCUCUGAGCCAGGCUGGGAUGAACCCCCCUUUUCCCACCACACCUCUACCACAUGGUGCCAGCGUGGCUACUGCUGGAGCACAACAAGGAAUGGCCAGAGCCCCAGGUUGGAAGCCCCGGUUGGGAUACGAGGAAGGCAGGUCAAGGCCGAGCACAGAGCAGUAAGCCCUCUGGAGGAAUCACUGCUCAGUGUGGGGGUGGGGCUGCCAGACCUGAGGUGGCAGCCUGGGCUCUGAACCAGUCUCGUCUGAGCUGUGGAUUGAAGCCCUCAGUUUAGCAGAGACUGGUGGGCGGAGGUGUGUUCUUGCUCUUGUCGGGGCAGACACCCAGCUUGCUGGGCCUGUCCUCAGCCUUGCCUCCCUCUUCUCCCCAACCCUUCCUUCCUCCUCCCGGGCUGCUGGUUCCUUCAUCUCCCCUUCUCCCAGCUGUUUCCAUUUACCACUGACCCUUGGCCACGGACUAACCAGACCAGCACACACACAAAAUAGUUUGUUCCAAGGGAACACUGUUGCUCUGCUUGCCCCAGGGCUUGUCAGGGGGAGCAGAGCAGGGCAGGGGUGGGGGAGCCCAGCUUCUGGGAGGCAGGCGUGGCCUUGCCACCCGAGCUUUUCCACCAGCUCUGACAGGACAAGUUGCCAGCCUUCUCUGAACUUCAGUUUCCUCCUCCACUGUGAGAGGUAAAUGCCUGUGGGGGUUGUAGGGAUUCAGUGAGAGUAUGUAUGUGAGGCCCUAAUGUGCCCAGCAUGCUGCUUACCACCCAUGCUAUAACAGAGCCCACAAGCUGGGGGACAAGCUUCAGAGGACCCACAAGCUAGGGGACAGGCUUCAGAGGAGAGAUGUGGCAUUGACAGCUGGGGCUGUGCCAGGUGUCAGUCGCUGCAUACUCUGAAGGAGGGGUGUUAGUGCCAUUGUUCUAGUUAAGGAAACUGAAGCUCAAAGGAGUAUUGCCACCAGCAGAUGGGAUGUCCCCACUCUGGCCCUCCCCCAGCCAUUCCCGCUCAGCUGCUCCAGUGCGACUUUGGCCCCUGCCUGUUCCUUUGUCUACUAUUUUCCCCUUGUUUUUUGAUUGGUUCUGUUUACAGGGGCUGCUGCCCACUGAAUCCUUCAUAAUUGGAGGGCCCAGUGUUAAGCAGCCCCUGUUCUGUCCCCAUGGCGGGUGCUGUGGAAUCGGUUUCUCCAUGGGGCUUGGCCAUGGUAGAACCUCAGAACAGGUGAACCUCAUUUUGUUUGAACUCUCCGGCCCCUGUGAGCAUAACCACUUUAUGUUUGGAAGCCGUGGCCACCACGCUAGCCUCUGUGCUCAGAGGCUCAGGGGGCUGGUCUGGAUCUGUGUGGUCACCAGGCCAUACCCACUGGCAGGGGGUUGACUGAGUGCAGCGUUUCACUCCUCAGCAGUAACUACAGAAGUUCCCUGUGGGUCUCAGCCCUACCAACUACCCAUUUGGAACAAAACACCAGCCCUUUUGUAGUUGAUAAAGAAUAAAGUUGUUAAUCUGAUCAU